GCACAUUAGCAGGAAAAGGCUGGAAAGUUUGGUGUUGUUUGGUGACAGCUGUCCCAAUACUUUUGUCUAUAUAGUGUAGUCUCAGAUUCCGCUUUCAUUACGCGCGCUCCCGUGAACCUCGUGCCCGCCUUGCGGGCGGCAGAACCAGCAACACUAGUCGGCCGAUCACAUGAUAUGACAAAGCAGCUAGCUACUUCCUGUGUAGAUUGCUAGCCAGUUCACAUCCCAACAGCCGCAGCGACUGCGACUACUGUGUCAUCCAAGAUGCUGGCCCUCAUAAACAGGCUUUUGGACUGGUUCAGGUCCCUCUUUUGGAAAGAGGAGAUGGAGCUUACAUUGGUGGGACUUCAGUACUCCGGAAAAACCACAUUUGUCAAUGUGAUUGCAUCCGGCCAGUUCAGUGAAGACAUGAUUCCCACAGUUGGUUUCAACAUGCGGAAAGUCACUAAAGGCAAUGUGACAAUAAAGAUAUGGGACAUAGGUGGACAGCCCCGAUUCAGAAGCAUGUGGGAGCGCUACUGUAGAGGAGUCAAUGCUAUCGUUUACAUGGUGGAUGCAGCAGACCGAGAGAAGAUAGAAGCUUCCAGAAAUGAACUGCACAACCUUUUAGAGAAACCACAGCUACAAGGAAUUCCCGUUCUAGUACUGGGCAACAAACGAGACCUGCCCAACGCACUUGAUGAGAAGCAACUGAUUGAAAAAAUGAAUCUGUCUGCCAUUCAGGACCGAGAGAUCUGCUGCUACUCUGUCUCCUGCAAAGAGAAAGACAAUAUAGAUAUCACACUGCAAUGGCUCAUCCAGCAUUCAAAGUCACGGAGAAGCUGAAAGUGAAGCCUCCCCAGUCGCAGCUGUGGCCUCAGCCCCCUAAUGGUCAUGGGUCCUUGACAGCCAUCCCCUUCCACUGCCUCUGUGAAGUAAUCCAGCUCUCUCUGCUCACUACCGUCAACACCUGCACCACCCAGUACACUACCAUAGAUGUGUAGCCCCUGUACAGCACUACCGCCACCCCAGCUGUCUGGAGUCUUGAAAGUUGUUUCCAUACUGUGCUAGAAGGUGGAUUGUCCAUACCCAUCAUGCCUUAUCACCUGUCAUUACAGACAUGCUCUGUCUCAGUGUACAUUAUGGAGUUUAUUUUUAUUUUAAUGGCUUUAAUGGCUGUUCCCUUCGACACAUGAAUCUAAUGAUGUUGCAUUGUACUUUUUUCCCCAGCCACACCAGGAUGGAGCUUCCCUAAUCCUUCUUUAUCCCUUUCCGAUCUCUUGCCUGUCAACGUUUGGUGUUUACGUCACAAGGUUGUGAUUGUAGUUUUUAAGUUAUUUGCCAAACAAUGAUGGUUGCUUGCGCUAAUGCCUUCAUUUCCCGAUAAACUCAAUGUACGCAAUGUAGCCUGCGUUGUAUUUGCGGGGCGUAUGGAAGCAUCUGUUUUAUUAAGUGACUUAAAUUAAAGUUUACACAUGACCUAAAGAUUAACAGAAAGUGAAAGUGUGGUUGUUGCGCCUGAGGCAAAAUCCUGAGACAGGUCAGCAGAGUUUUAAGUGCCUUCAGCUGAGUGAGUGUUCCGACAGUUAUUGCCCAGUGCGACUUCUAACCCACUUAUAUAAACACUUGGUACAGACACAGCAGAAAUCCAUUGAUUACUCUUAACACCAACCCUUGACAAUCUCAUUUUAUGUUUUGUAAUUGCAUCAAUGCAUGAUGUCUGAGAAAAGACAGUACUGUACUAACGAUGGAAAAUGAAGUAAUGGGUGACGGGGAUGCUAAGGGAAUAAGAAAAUGUUACAUUUUGUUUGGUUGUUGGUUGAGUUGAAAUGCUGUUUGACUUGUAGCCUGUGACACUCUAAUGUAGCUUGAAAUGUGGGCUAACUAUUGCUUGCAGUUCUCAGGUUGUAAAAGGAUUUUUUUUUUUUUUUUUUAAGGAAACUGUCUGAACGUGGUAUAGGUGUGUCCAAGUUUCUUUUUCAUAAUCCCUGUUUUGUUGGAUAACAGAAAGCCAGUGUUAGUCAUGAUGACUGAGCUUAUGGAGAACAGAAGACAGUUCAUAUGUUCAGGCAUUGGAAGCUUGCCACACCCUCAUCUCAAUCCUGAUGUCUUUUUGUUAAAGCCGUCGCAGUCCAAGGGCAGCGCGCUCUCCUCUAAAAGCAACGUGUUGUGAUUGACUCAUCUUUUCUUUUCCAGCGACAAGACAAUGAUUUCUCACAGGUUUGACCACUGUAUAUUAACCUGCCCUUUGCUUGGCCAGUGCACCUCGGAUCAGUUUUUGUGUGUGUUGCUGGAUCAGGAUGAGUUAUUCCCUCUGCUACAGUACUGUAUGUAGCACUACAUGGGUUCGGCAUUUCACUGCAAUGUUAUCUACAAAUCCAUCACACGCUCUCUGUUAUCUCAUGAUGUUCUGCGUCUGUUGGUGAUCGUUGUAAUCCUAAAUGCCGAUUGUUGGGACCACAGCAGCAGUGAGGGGCUGUAAGAAUUGGGUGACUCUGGGUAAUUUGGGGGAAAGCUUUGUUACUGGUGUAAUAAUAUAGCCUAUUUGCAAUUUGUAUGUGCAUGUGCUGAAAUUAUUCACAUUCAAUUGCAGACUUUGUAAAUAAGAAGUUAGCAUUUUUAUUCCCACAAAUGCUCCUGUAGAUGUCAUGCAUUCUCUCCCUGUGAUUGCUAAUAAAUUUUUGUUUUUAUUUUUAAGGAG